CCAGUGCUAGUGAAUACUCGUAAACUCGCAGCAGACGAAGACGACUACAAUCGGGAUAUCGAUGCGAAAGCGCGUUCAGCAAACACAAUUUUAAAAGUAAUGAAAAUCCAAUGUUUUUUGUGCUGUUAAAAGCCUUAAAAUAUGCAACGUAUUUAGAAAAAGUGUAAAGAAAAGAGCUUCGACUAGAAAAAUAGAUUUUUAAUCACUCGCAAAAGAGCGGAAAAGCCUAAAAAUUUGUUAGUGAAAAAAUUGCGACUCAGCUGCAAGUAGCGCUAAACAGUUACAGACGGUUUGCUUGCGUACUUCGAACACCUACGCGAAGCUAACGCAGAAAAGUUUAUAAAUAGUUUGUAUCAAAAAUACCAAGAAGUGAACAUUUUUCAAUUUUCAACCGCUUUUCAAGUAGGAACAUUUUAUAGUGAAAUCAAAGUAAUUGAAAUUACUUAUUAACCAGCAUCUUCGGUUACUAGGUACAUUAUUUGCAUUCAUUGGCGAAGAGGUAGAGUAGCGACGCAGCGGGCUGUUAAAAGUGUGAUUCAUACAAUACGUGCGACCUAAAGGCGUCGCAUUACCGCAAGGGCCUGCGACAUACACAACCAACCAACCACCCCCACCAACCAACAGCAACAAGAAAAACACCAUAAAACACCACCAAAACAUAUCGUCGAAGUUAGAGAAGUACACACGCCACGGGAGUAGUAGGUACUUGCCAUACGACACGUUUAGAAGCAGCGGCUAAGCUAAACACCCCACCACACUUAGGAGCGAAUACGACAACGACGACGACGACGACGAUAAGGGUGAAGACGACAGCCACUUCGACAUUAGCGAAGAAAAAUCACUUCGCGCUGAACGAAAAAGAAUAACAAAAAUAACAACAAACCGCAGCUGCAGUUGUCGCUUGCUCAUUUGUAUGUAUGUAUGUAUGUACAUAUGUAUAUAACUUGUUAGUCAACGGAACUUUGUACGACAAAUUGGAAAAAUCGAUUACGAUUUGUGGAAAAUUUGAACGUAUUGCGCGUAAAAAUAAAUACUCUUAGUCAUAUAAAACAAAAGUCCUGUGAAUUCGCAGUAAAGUUGCAUACAGCUCCAGUGAGUUGUUGCAUUUGUAGUGGAAAAGAAUUAAUAGUAGACUGCUUCAUUUACAGCAGCUAAAACCAAAAACAGUCAAACGAAACGAUUCCUCGCUGCAACCAAAAUGGGUGAGGAAUAUAGCCCAGAUGUGAGCACAAUGGAGACAAUUCUCCCGGCGAUAUUGGGCUUUGCCACCGCCGCUGUGCUCUCCGCAGUUGCCUGCAUUUGCGCCAAGCAAAUACGUCAACGCAACCGCAAGCAGAAUCAGCAUGAUGCCUCGUUUCCAUUCCAACCGACACGUCGCCCAACAGCUGUACGCUCACCAAGUGGACAACCACCGCAUUAUCUCAAGAAAUCACCAUCCCCGACUGGCACCAAACAGCUGGGCAUUUUACAGCCAAUGCAAGAUCAGACCACCUCACCAAUUGCUCCACAAACGAUGAAAUAUGUCGAAGAGGAUGAAGUACAACCACGCCAUAAUCGGCAACUAAUGAACGGUGAACAAAAGCACUCGCCCACCAUUGAGACCCAAGCCACCAUUGUGAGCCAGACCGCCCAGAACAAUAAUGGACACAACAAUAAUGGACACAAUCACUAUCAACAUCACAACAUGAGUGCAAUGGAGGACGCUGGCAAGGAGUUGAAUAUCGAUCAGUAUGGUAAAUUGGGCACCAUUUACUUCAAGCUACGCUUCCUAGCCGAACGCAAUGCUCUAAUGGUAUCCAUAAUACGUUGUCGCGGUUUGCCAUGCAAGAAUGGCGGUGGCGGUAGUGUUGCCGGCGGUGAUGGUGGCAGUAAUGGCAAUAGCAACAAGAAUGGCUCGAAUGACAUACCAACCGGAUUGAAUGGACGCACUCAAAGCGCCACCGAUCCGUAUGUGAAGCUACAACUUUUACCCGACAAACAGCAUAAGGUGAAGACUCGAGUUGUACGCAAUACUCGCAAUCCAGUCUACGAUGAAGAUUUCACAUUUUACGGCUUGAAUAUUGGCGACUUGCAGAAUAUGUCUCUACACUUUGUCAUACUUAGCUUCGAUCGUUAUUCGCGUGACGAUGUCAUCGGCGAGGUUGUCUGCCCACUAUCGUCCAUAGAGAUUGGUGACAUCUCCAAGGAAGCGCUCUCCAUUAGCAAGGAAAUACAGCCACGUAGUUUAAAGAUACGCGCUCAAGGACGUGGCGAAUUAUUGAUUUCGUUAUGCUGGCAGCCAGCUGCUGGCCGUUUGACUGUUGUGCUCUUGAAGGCGCGCAACUUGCCGCGCAUGGAUGUCACAGGUUUGGCUGAUCCGUACGUAAAGAUCUACUUACUGUACAAUGGACAGCGCAUUGCGAAGAAGAAGACGCAUGUCAAGAAACGCACAUUGAGUCCAGUCUUCAAUGAAAGCUUCGCGUUCGAUAUACCAGCUGCAGAGGGCACCGGCGCAACGCUUGAUGGUGUUUCACUGGAGUUGAUGCUUUUAGAUUGGGAUCGCGUUACCAAAAAUGAGGUAAUUGGACGAUUGGAGCUUGGUGGGCCAAAUUCUGGUGGCACUGCACUUAAUCAUUGGAAUGAAGUAUGCAAUUCACCACGAAGACAAAUUGCCGAAUGGCACAAACUCAACGAGUAAAGCAAAAAAUAAACAAAAAUAAAAAUAAAAAUACGUAAAUAAAUAAAAAUAAAAAAAGACAAAAUCAGAGUAUAGAAAUGCGCUUUUCUGCUGAGGAGACAGAUUUUGUACUGAAAAUAUAAAAGCUGCAUAAAAAGAUUAUAAUGAAAUUAAAUGGUCUACGUGCAUAUGUACAUACAUAUAUAUAAAGGCUACAUAUGUAUGUAUUUCGCUACACAUGCAUCUACUCAUACAUAUUUAUGUUAGGUGAUCAUACUACCUGCAUGAUGUUUGCAUGUGUAUAAUGGGCACAAAUGCCAACUAACUCAAAAUAGUAUUGACAGAAAAUAUGUAUGUCGAAAAUUGCAAAAAAAAAAAAUUAAAUUUAUGACUCGUAUAUGAAAAUAUGUAUUGCAAAACCGGUAAAAACCAAAACCAACAAAACGAACCAGAAAUAGUUACGUUUAAUGGAAAAAAUGUACUCACCUAUAACUGUAUUGUAAUUAAGUACCAUGAAAAUGUAUGCAUUAUGUAACACAAACUGAAAGGGAUAAAUCGAAAAAAAAAAUACCCUGUCGGAAAAUCAACUACUUUAAAAGCAAUUAAACAAGUAACUUUAUUUUUAUUUUUUAGGCUCUAAAAUUGAUCUGCCCUGUAAACACAAAUUUUGUUCUGAAAAAAAUGUGUUUAAAGGGUAGGUAAAUUUUAAAACCUAAGAGCAGUUGAAAUGCAUUUGUUUCAAAGCCGCAUAUUUCCAAUUACUUUUUCAAUUGGUUAAUUUUUGAUACAGUCAGCUUUCUUCCGACAGGGUGUACUUAUGUAUAUAUAUUUAUUGGCUGUAUGUAUAAUUUGAAGAAAGCAUACGCACUUACAUACACAAUUGUAAUACUAAAUUAAAUACCUAGGGUCUUUAAUGGAAAUACAUACAAUGCACACACAUACAUAUAUACAUGCAUAUGUUUGUAUGAAUGAAUAAGAAGAAGUCACACAUACAUACACAUAGACAAAAUUUAUAAACUUUAAACACUAAAUGAUGCUUACGAAAAUAAAGUUAGUUUUAAAUAAAAAAAUAUUUAUAUUUAUACAGUGGAUGGCAGCAUCAAGCAGAGUUAUAAGAAAACGAUUUCAAUUAGUAGACAAAUUUGAUGUGACAAUUAAAAUGCGAUAAGAGAGUUAAUUGAGCAGUAAGCCACAUUAUUUAGUAAAGAAAUGCACAGCUGUUUUUGUUUGUUUCUUAUUCCCUAACUUUGAAUAUUUUUUUUUAAAUAUUUCGGAAUUUUUUUAGUAGUAUUUAGGGGAUUCACAAAGUCAUUAAAGUGAUCAAUGCAAAAUAACGGUUAAUACCUCUUUAGGUUUUUAAACUAUUAACCGUUAUUAAGAUACCUGAAAUAUACCCAGUUUGAAGCCAUGUGCGAAGAUAGGGAUCGUCAUCGUUUAGAACGAUAUAAUGUUCCUACCCACUUCUGUCGGGAAAGUGGAUCUCGAGGUUCGCAAUUUCUGUGUUCCCUCCAACUCUGUAAAGAAUGGAAGCAUAUCCCCUGCCAGUUCGCCCUGUUAUAUGGCCUAAGUCUCAGGAAACUUGUUGAUGUGGUACUUUUUACUUAGAGGCUCAUUCAUGUUGAUAUCUAGACCCAGGACCCAGAAGGCUCAAGGUUGGAGAGAAACGAAGAGAGACUGAUAGAUCGAAUAUCCAUAUCCUUGUUAUAUCGAGCCCUAAUCGCGAAGAAUAACGUAAGCGAAAUUUUAUUAAAGUUUGCGUUUUGAGGCAAAUAUGCUCUUAGAGCAUAAAAAUGCAUUUCUGAAAAAAAAAGAUUUGAAAAAAUUUAGGUUAAAUUUUUUUCGCGGUUAGGGCUCGAUAUAUGGACACUUUCGCUGUACAAUUUCGUUUAGGAUAAAUUAUUUAUAUUAUGUUAAGUUAUGUUUUUUCAGCAUAUAAAUAAACUAAUUUUAAUUAUUAUUUACUUUUAAACUUUUAUCUAUUCAUAUCUUUUGAAAUCAUUUCGAACAAAGCAAAGAAUUUAACUGUAAAUAAAUGGCAUUAGUUUAAAUUUAAUUAAAUGUAGUAAUUUACAAAUACAUACAUAAAUACAUAUACAAACACUCUUUUAGAUACUCAAUGGUGAAAGAGUCUAAGAAAAAAAAAUAGUUUCCUUAAAAAGCCGUGCAAACAUUAAAGUAUGUAAAUCUAUUUAAGUAAAGUAAUUAAAUGUUUAAGAAAAUAUUUCGUUAAGUAAAUUUUGUAUAUGUUUUAUUAUUUGCCACUGAUUUGACACACCUACAAUUGUUAUACUUGUAUAAAUAAAAACAAAAACUCUCAGCUCAAAGCUUUUUGAAUAUUUAUUUAUUUACACGCAUACAUAAGUAACAUAUACAUACAUACAUACACGAAGCAUGAGAACACCAAAUGAAGCUUAACAUAUAUAAGCUACGUACAUAUAUUUGUUAGUGUAAAAAGUCUAAAACGUAUGCAUACAUAAAUACAUAGUAAAAUAAGAUAUUUUCAUAAAAAAAAAAAUAUUUAUAAAUCUGAGUAUUUCUUGGUUGAGCUUUCACAUAUUUUACUCUGAAAUGCAGCACUUUCAUUCUCUUGGGUGUUAUGAAAGCUCUUCGGGUACAAUCCUUUUGUUUGGAAAUGUUUCUUGGCUGAGCUUUCACAUGUUUUACGUCGUGUACUCGGCACUUUCAUUCUGUUAUGUGUUAUCAAAGCUCUUUUCGUACAAUCCUUAAUGUUUCUUGGCUGAGCUUUCACAUAUUCACAUGUUUCCAGUGACACAUUACUGCACAAAACUCUUUUUUACUAGGUCCUGUUUCAUCACACAGCAGCGCUUUUUAGUUACCUUCAGCAAGUUGAGUUCGUUUAAUAAAUGGGAAAGUUUUAUUAGCUCAAAAAAAUAUCCCCAUCUUAAUGAUCUUUAACGCUGCUUUCAUUUGAUUUCCAUUUUAUUCUCUUCUAUUUUACGUCUGAAUGAUUUCUUCAGUAAACUUUAAUGCUUUGAGAACUAAGAAAUCUUUUGUGGCAGCGGAAAUGUUAGGAAGAGAGAAAAGGCGUCAGCAGGGAAACGAAGAGUUCAUGAGUGUUAAGCUCCACCCAAGUAACUGGUAAUGGUAACUCAAACUCAAAAGCUGCAAAAAUUAUAAAAUCGUAUGUAUUUUCAACUCAAGUAAAAAGCAUACACUUUUAUUUUAUUAUUUCACACGUAUACUCAGUACGGAAGGAAGUAUUUAGAUUUAAAGGAAAUGAGUAUUAUUUAAUUGUGCAGAACCCAAUCAUAAUCAGAAAAAUAUACACAUACAUACAUUUAUGUAGUCUAAAUAGCUGUGAGUGUGCAAAACAGAAACAGAUACCGAACCGUAAGCAGUACAAUAAAGUAAGAAUAAAAAAGAGAUGGUAAGAAGGAUAUUAAAAUCGAGAAAAUAUAAAUGUCUGUACAUACAUACAUACAUA